AUCCGCGACUCUAUAUAAAACCCAUUUGCCCCUCGCUCACGUCGCUGUCCUAGACACAGCGAUCGAACACUUGCCCAUCAUUUCGUUCCUACUACGCAGAUUCUUUUCGACGACACCCGUCGCCCCAGCAAACAUGUCUGCUGCUAAGACCAAGGCGCUGAACAUCAUUGAUGAGAACGCCGUUGCCGUCUUCUCAAAAUCCUGGUGCCCGUACUGCCGCGCCACCAAGUCCACACUCGAUGAGCUAGGAGCCAAGUACUACGCUAUCGAGCUGGAUCAAGUUGAUGAUGGUGCAGCAAUUCAGGCGGCUUUGAAGGAAAUCAGCGGCCAAUCUUCGGUCCCCAACAUCUACAUCAAGAAGCAACAUAUUGGUGGUAACUCCGACCUCCAGGCUCGUAGAGCCGACUUGCCAACUCUGUUGAAGGAUGCUGGUGCUCUGUAAGCACUGGAUGGAGGACUUGGGAUGUUGA